AUGCGUGGGGCUCCUGUGAAAAUUUCCUUGAGGGGGCCGUGUUUUCUGUCAGUUCUGCCCACUUACUGUCACCCGUGGGGAAGCGGGACGGAUGACACAGCGAUGAGGAGAGAGAGGGAGAGGGAGGUGGUGCUCGUCCAUGGAUACGAGCGAUGUAGACCUCUCAUACGGGGCCGUCAUAGAGAGAUGGGCCGCAGAGAGCGCGGCGUUUGGUCGCGAGAAUGGGAAUGA